CAAAAAUGCAGAGUACAAGAUUAAACUAAAACAAAAACUACAAUCAUGAAGAAAUACACAAUUUUUCUGCUUAUUAUUUUAUCAGGUUUUGGAAUUGCUAAGGGACGAGAAAGCAUACUGGAACCUAUUAGAUGCUACAUCGGCACAUGUGAAGGGAACACUGCCUUUGAAGACUGUAGGAAUGAAAGACUUAUUGCUGAGUGUCCUAAAGAUCAAGCAUAUGACAGCUGUCAAACCAGCGUAAAUGUUAAAGCAUAUGGAAAGAUAACGGUGACGAAAGGUUGCGCUUUAAGUCCUUGUUCAAUGCCUGAGAUACAUGGAAACGAUGAUGAAAAAGACGAAUGUGAACGAGAAAAGUAUAACGACUCUUAUACUUGUAACGUAUGCUGUAAAAGAAACGAGUGCAAUUUUGCAAACUUGUAUAAAAUUUCCCUUUCUUUAUUUUUAGUAAAUCUUUCAAUGAUUCAUUUGUUUUAGUUUGUAUUUAGAUUAUAUUUAAUGUUGAUUAAAAAAUAAAAUUUGAAAUAUUGAA